AUGGGCGCGACGCAGCCCAUCUUGGCGAUGCAGCUGCGCGCGUCGGGGGGGGCGAACUUUUCGUUCGAGGUGCGCGUGCGCGACGCGGCGGACGCGCGACGCAGGUUGGUGUUUAGUUCGUCGUUUUCCGAGGUUCGGCCGACGCCGUUGCACUGUCAGGUGCCGUUGAGAGAUUUGCCGCGCGACGAGUGGGUGACUUUGCUCCUGCCGCUCGUCGAGCUCGUGCCGGUGUGUUUUUCGAGCGGGAGCGCGGGGUACAGGUCGAUCGAUGCCAUCGUCAUUCGCGGGGAGUGUUCGAUUCGUAAGAUAUUCACCCUGCGAGGCGACACGCAGGCGCAGGCGUGGACGGAGUCGCGCGCGGGCGAGACGCCGCGGCAAGCCAUCGUGAUUCCGCGCGAGUGCGAUUUCCCACCGGGCGUGCGCGCGGCGGCGCACACGGUGAUCCCGAGUCAAGAUCCGGCGCUUUACGACGCGCACGAAGAAGAGUGUCGCGUGCGCGAACGUAACCGCGAGGUUAGGAUGCCGAUCAAAGUCGCGUUCGGUCGUCGAGCGCCGACGUCUCAGCGAGAGCGUCUCCGAGAGCGCGCGGACGCCGCGCCGGCGCGCGCUUCGGACGACCACACCGACGUGCGAUGGUCUGAUCUCGACCAAAUCAUGUCGAACUUACGUGUUCGCGACGCAGGUGGCGCCGGAGUGCGGCAUUCUCUCGCGUCUUCGUCGUCUUCGUCGUCGUACGCGAGCUCGCGUCGCACCGCGGACGAAGCCGCCGAAGAGCUCGACAUGCGAAACGUCAACGUGUCGCUCGGAAACUUAUCGAUCCACGGCGGGCGCGAGCACCACAGAUACGCCGACGUGGACGACGAAGACGUCGACGAGGGCGACGAAGACGUCGACGAGGGCGACGAAGACGUCGACGAGGACGAAGACAAUGAUUACGAAGACAAUGAUUACGACGAAGACGAUUACGAAGACGACGACUACGAAGACGACGACUACGAAAACGACGCUUCGCGUCUCGAAGACGACGACGAAAUUCUCAGCCCUUUCGACGGCGACGUCGAUGACGACCACGACGAUCGCGCGUUCGACCUGGACGACUCCGACGUAGACGCGUAG